CAUUGACGCAGAGGUCUAUCUAAGCGUCGGUGGGACCAAAUGGAGAUUCACCAGAUUCUAUGGAGUCCCGGAAAGACACAGGCGAGCUGAAUCACGGAACCUUUUGAAGCACUUAUCUACUGUCAACUCUCUCCCUUAGGUAGUUAUGGGUGACUUCAAUGACAUCCUUAGCCCAGACGAGAAGAGAGGGGGCAAUCACCAGCCAAGGAGACUUAUCGAAGGCUUCUCUGACGUAGUUGAAUGUAGCGGACUGAGUGAUUUUCCUUUUCAAGUUCAUCAAUUUACAUGGGAACGAUCUAAGGGCACAGCGAACUGGGUGGAAGCCAAGUUGGACCGAAUCCUCGUUUCGGAUUCGUGGCGCGACUCAUUCUCUCAGGCGAUGGCUAGUUCUAUUAUUGCCACCAAGAGUGACCACUCGCCCCUUCAUCUCCAAUUACUUACUCCGGAUAUUCCCACUCCCAAAGGCAGGUUCCGGUUCGAAAAUAUGUGGCUCAGGGAUUCAAUUUGUAGAGAAAUAAUGAUUCAAAGCUGGGCUCGGUCUCGUGGUUACCACCUCCUUGACAGAAUAGGCACAUGUGGAAAGGUGAUUUGGAAUUGGAGGAAGAAUUUUGCUAAAGACUUUAAUGGCCGCAUAUCUUUCUGGAAAUGCCGUAUGGAGAUUACCAAACACCAAAGAGAUGCUGAGGGUAUUUCUAUGUUUAGAGAAGCCCAGCAUCAAUAUCUUUAUUCCCUUCGUCAACAAAAUGAUUAUUGGCGUCAAAGAGCCAAACAAUUUUGGCUGAAGGAGGGUGAUACCCACUCAACCUACUUCCACAAUUCAGUUCGCAGACGCAGGCAGAACAACCGUAUCGAUAGACUCAAAGGAGAAUAUGGGACCUGGGUUGACAAAGAGGUUAAGCAACAUGACAGGAUUAUUUGGGUUAAAGAUGAUAAGGGUGUUUACACAGUAAAGAGUUGCUACCAGAAACUUCAGGGUACUUUCCUCACUGAUCAGAUCCCCUUCCGGACUAAGGCAUGGAAACUGAAACUCCCCCCAAAGAUAAAGACCUUUUUCUGGCAACUUUGCUCCUCAACUUUACCCACUGUGGAUCUCCUAAGAUUGAGAAGAGUCCAGGUAUCCCCUAUCUGCCAGUUAUGCUCUAGUGCCGAAGAAUCUGCAUUUCACCUAUUUGUUAAAUGCCCCCUUGCCAUUAGUUGUUGGGAUCAUAUUGGUUGUGUCACCCACCUUGGUCGUUCCUCUUUAAUGGGCUGGUUGGAAAUCAAUUUCAAAUCUCUAUCUGCUAAUGAUCUUUGCCUUAUGAUUACUGUAUGUUGGAAAAUAUGGAGUGCAAGGAAUGGUAAAAUAUGGAAUCAUACAAUUACCCCCAUGCAGGCUAUUAUCAAUGAAGCACAUGUUUUUCUAUUUGAUUGGCAGAAUGUGAAUUCAUCAACCCCCCAGGCUGGUAACAGUUCAGCUGAAGUUGUCAAAUGGUUGAAGCCCCCUGAUGGAUGGUAUAAACUUAAUGUUGAUGCUGCCCUUGACAACAACAACUCUAAGAUGGGUUUUGGUUUUGUCCUCCGUGAUUCUAAUGGUCUUUUCAAGGCAACAGGUAUGAUUCCUUGGCAAGGCCUCCACGGACCUGAUGAAGCAGAGGCAAUAGGGAUCCGUGAAGCUCUGAAAUGGCUGAAGCUACAAAGUCUGGAUCGAAUCUGCAUUGAGAGUGACUGCGCUAAAGUUAUUCAUGUUAUUCAGUCUAUUUCUGUUGUUUCUUAUUUCAAUCUCAUACUGCAUGACAUUCAGAACUUAGCUAGAGAUUUUAGUAAUCUUCUUUUUGUUUGCUAAACGAUUUGCGAAUAGGGUCGCUCAUUUACUUGCACGGGAGGCCUUAUUUAAGACUGAUCGUUCGGACUGUUUCUUAGGGGAAGUUAUGCUGUGCAUCCGUAUGCACCAUGCAUGGUGCAUACGGAUGCAAAAACGACGUCGUUUUAUUAAA